GGAGGCGUCGCCGUGGCCUCGCGGGUCGCCGCGCCUCUGCCCGCCGCGCCGAUGUCCCACAGGGCGCGAAGGGGGCAGGAGGAGGACGAGGACGAGGAGGGAGCGGCGAGGGGCAGCCAGGCGCGACCUAAGAGCCAUGCGGAGCCCGCGGCCAGCGGCGGUAGGACUCACGACCGGCAUGAGAGGAAACGGAAGAGGCAGGAGGCGCAGCAGCUGCAGAAGCUCCAGCACCUGGAGUCCUUCUAUGAGAAACCUCCCCCAGGGUUAAUUAAGGAGAAUGAAACAAAACCAGAAGACUGCAUACCUGAUGUCCCAGGCAAUGAAAGUGCACGAGAAUUCCUGGCACAUGCCCCAACAAAAGGGCUGUGGAUGCCUUUGGGAAAAGAAGUCAAAGUCAUGCAGUGUUGGAGAUGCAAACGUUAUGGACACAGAACAGGAGACAAAGAAUGCCCAUUCUUUAUUAAAGGCAAUCAGAAAUUGGAGCAAUUUAGAGUAGCACAUGAAGAUCCAAUGUAUGACAUCAUCAGGGAGAACAAACGUCAUGAAAAGGAAAUGAGGAUACAGCAGCUGAAGCAGCUCCUGGAGGACUCUACCUCAGAAGAUGAUGAUAGCAGCAGUGAUGAGGAGGAUGAUGAUGAUAGCAGCUCCAGCUCCUCAGAUUGUAGAGAUAAACACAAAAAAAAGAAGAGAAAGAAGGAAAAGAAAAAAAAAGAAAAGAAGAAGAAGAAAAAGAGAAAGCACAAAUCCUCUAAAUCUAACGAGAAGUCAGAAUCUGACUGACAGCAGGCACCUGCUGCAUGCUCUUUGACCCCUACUUGUGAACUGCAAGGAGAGAUCCAAAGAACAGAAAGAAACCACCAGAAAGGGCUUUUUUAAACUCCAGCCAUCCAGAUGGGUAUGUACAGCAUCCCACCCUGGCUGGCUUCUCUGCCCCGCUGCAGUACUGCAGCCAGGCAGAGUGCUGCAUGAACCAGAUCUUGAUACUGGGAGACCUGCACUAAGGCUCAUCCCUCAUGGUCACCUCAGGCCUUGCUGCAUUACCAGGUGUGACUCUCAGCAGAAACCCUGACCACCAAGGGAUUGCCAACCAGUCUGCAGCACUGGCAGACUGUCUAUUGAAGUGUCUUUUCUCCUUGAAGUUAUUUUAUUCUAUACAAAACCUCAUUGUAAGGGAACAGCAAUUUGCACCAUGCAGAGCGCUGGGAGUUCACUUACUGCUUCUAAAGAGCAGGUUGUGUUUUCUCUGCACACUGCCUACGUGCUGAAGUUCAGUCUUCUUGUCUUAGUGCUGGCAGCUAGGGAAAUAAAAUAGCACUGCUGAAGAAGGAAGUUGUUAAUCAAGGUCUUUACCUUAAGACAAAAUUGCAGUGGCAGCAAGACUUGGGUUGUGUUUUUUUGGUGUAGCAAAAUGUCACAUCACCACCAUUCAUCUGCAGUGUUCUGCAACACCUAAAGCAUUCUCCAGACCAUAGGAAUGGGAGCUAAGUGUCAGCUGUUCAACUUCACUCUAAAGAAGUAGAGGGUUUAGUAGUUUU